UUUGUCAAACUACUCGAAUGUUGUUGUUGUUGUUGACAACCACUUCAGAUACGUUUGGUAGUUAAAACUUAAUCAAUGCAUCCUAUUUCAUAGGCUGUGAGAUAGAUGAGUAAAAUGGCGUUACCUUAUAAUGACUGUAUAUGAGUGCAUGUCGUCUGUAGUAGCUGUAGUAUUCGGCCCGCCCGCGAUGUCUUUAAAGACACGAAAAAUAAUCUUCCUAAAACACAGCUAAACUAUUUUGAAUCAUCUUGCCAGAGGAAGUCAGUCGAGAUGAGUAAAUCGCAUAAAUCUUUAAAUUAUGAGAAAUAAAACUUAAAAUGGUCUUGGUCUUCAGUCUCACCUAAAUCACAUAAAAACCAUUGCCUUUCCUUUUCGGAGAGUCCAUGAUAUGUACACAUUUUUAUAGCUUUUAGGGGGAGAGAGCAGCUAAACAGUUAAAAUGGUCAGGCAGACGUGUUUGGAUAAAGCUCUGCAUUAUCCUGCAUCAACCAUGAUUUUCCCGCCUUUCUACAUAGACACGAAUCGUCUGUGUCUUUGUCAGCAUCAGGCGCCGAGGACGAAGUGAUGCAGUUAUCGCCGUGGUGACAGCAGAGAAAGUGCGAGAGAGAGGCAGGGCCUGAUCACAGGAGAAAGGAGGAGGUCACCAUGUGCCGAAAUCUGUCCAAAUAUGCCCUCGUCUUCCUCUUCCUAGCUCUGUCUGGCCUUAUCUUCCUGCUGCGCAACAUCCACACUGUUGAGAACCGGAACUGCCCAACAGUCUCAGCCCUCUAUCAGCAACACAGCAGGAUCCAAUCAUCCUUCAUCCCAGUCAGCACUUUUUAUCACAACCGCACCUUCUGUGCUCACCUGGGCCAAAAACCCUCCCCCGAAGAUGAACUGGAAGAGCGCUACCUGUUGGACUCUAUCGCCUGGCCUGGCCCUCCGCCUCACUUUACACCAACUACCUUGCGCCAGACUAGCGACCCUAUGCACAGCCUGUUCACCAUCCUUCCCACCAAAGGAGAUAGGGAGUGGCAUGUGGGCGAGCAGCUGGAGGCCCUCGUCCAUAUGCAUGACUUCCAGGGUCGUCCCAAGCGCUACGGCGGGGAUUUCCUUUUGGCCCGACUGCACUCUCCAGAGUGUGGAGCAAGUGUAGCAGGUCAGGUGCUGGACCACAGGAACGGAUUUUAUUCUGUACUGUUCCCACUCCUCUGGGAGGGAACUGCAUGGGUUGAGAUUACGUUGGUGCACUCCAGCGAGGCAGUUGCUGUGCUGCGACGGCUGAGGGAAGAGCGCCCCGAUCGGGUGUUUUUUAAGAGCCUGUUCCGCUUGGGCUUCUUGUCGGAGACUACUGUGUGUAACCUGUGCCUGCCCCCUGAUCAGCAGCCUCUGUGCAACUACACAGACCUUUACACCGGGGAGCCCUGGUACUGCUACAAGCCUAAGAUACUCAGCUGUGACACCAGAGUCAACCAUGCCAAAGGAGGCUACCUGAAACACCUCAUCACCAACAAGGAGGCAUUGCUCUUCCAGAGUGGUGUAAAUAUCAAAGUUCGCAUACAUACUUCAGGACCCGACAGAAUCAAUGUGUUGCCACCAAAGAAAGAUAAAGUAGAGGUAGAAAGCAGCAGUAUAAAACCAGAACCUAUUAAGGUAGCAUCAUCUGGAUAUUACUACGAGAACUCAUGGAGGCCGUUAGGUGGCGUUACAAUGCGCCAGUUCAAUGAAUCAUCUGCCAUCACUCAGUGUUUGAAGAACAAGGUGAUAAACAUGUACGGAGACUCCACCGUAAGGCAGUGGUUCACGUACCUCAUUGCUUUUGCACCAGAAUUAAAAGAGUUCAACCUGCGUAGUCCAAAAAACGUUGGGCCUUUCAUGGCAGUGGACAGCACUCAUAAUAUUCUCUUGAAGUACCGCUGUCAUGGACCGCCCAUCCGAUUCUCCACCGUCAUGUCCAGCGAGUUGAGGUACAUUUCAAAUGAGCUGGACGGCCUCUCUGGGGGUCCCAACACCGUCGUGGUCCUCAGCAUCUGGGCCCAUUUCAGCACCUUUCCUGUGGAGGUAUACAUACGACGGCUACGUCACAUUCGGCGUGCGGUGGUGCGACUUCUGGAACGAGCGCCGGGGACGCUCGUUGUGAUCCGCUCAGCCAACCUCCAGGCCUUGGACCAAGAGGUGAGCCUGUACAACAGCGACUGGUACUCCCUGCAGCUGGAUAAUGUGCUCAGGGCUAUGUUCAAGGGAAUGAGCAUUCUGCUGGUGGACGCCUGGCAAAUGACUUUAGCACACCACCUCCCCCACGCCCUCCAUCCACCCACAGCCAUCGUCAGGAACAUGAUAGACAUGCUUCUGUCUUACGUUUGCCCAGAGAAGAAAAAGAGCCAACAGAAAUAGGACAGUGACAAUGGAUCUCUUGAAGGAAACUAAGGAGUUUACUGUGUGAAUCCACCAACUGGUUCUUCAAAUCCAAAAACUCUCUCUUCUUUGUGUGGCUUUUUUAAAAACUUGCAUGUUCUCUGAAGCUACAUACCCUUUAAACACUAUCUUUACUGAGAGAUUUGCUGAGAGACGGCUGGUACUGAUUUUAUGUUUACUGGCCUCUUAUAUUUAAUUUUGAUCUCCACGAAACUUGCCAAAGACCUUGGUGACAAGAACAGAUGGUAACACAGGUAAAGACUCAGUGAGUUCUUGUUUCAAAGAUUUUUCUUUUGCUGGUCAGUGUAACAAAACAUGUUCUUAUGUUCUGAGCAAUGUUACAACAUGGUGAUUAUUGUCGCUAUUUUUUGCCAUGUAUAAUUUGUCAGUCUUUGUAAAAUGAACAAAUGAAAUACAGCUUUCUUUUUGAGGUUUUUAGGUCCUCGUUGCUUUAAAGAUUUUGCACUAGUUUUUGGGGGUUUUUUUGUUUGUGGGUCCCUCCACAUUGUUUGUUGACUUUUACCUGAUAACUUCGCUAACUGAUAGAUCUGCCUCCCAGCUUAUCAGUCUCGCCAAGUUUCACCAAGGUUUCGAAAAUCUUCGCACAUGAAGUCAAAUGCUGGUAGUGGUGUGUAUACAUCUGAGGCCUGACCUUCACAUCCGUUUCUAAUGACUCUUUUGUAUCAAUAGUUAACUUUGUAUUACAGUCAUUUUUCUUUCUAUUCUCAGUUUCGAUUCUGGGUUUUUUAUAUGGACACUUGAGGGUUAAUUUAACAUGAUCAAAUACUUGUGUGCUGUCACAUGUUCAUCAUAGGAAGAGAGUGAAGAUUGGAGAAGAGAGUUAAGGUUGUUCAUUGAGAGUUUUCAGGUCUGUGUGAUACAAAGAGAUUUUGUGCCUAUUUUGUAUCAAACUCUGUCUGCCCCUGACAACAACCAGAGCCAGAGUAUUCAGUCAUAAUCUAUAAGAACUGAGUUCCUGCUACUUGCUAUUGGUUUGCUUUUCUAAAAUUGUUAAAAGGACCAGUUCAUGACUGUGUCCGGAAGCCAUUGCCAUGUACUUACUCAAGCUGUGGGUUAGAUAAGGCAGUAAAAGGAGGCUUGAGCUUGAGUUGGGCGAUGUGUCUGUACAAUGUUAAUAUCACAAUAAGGGCUAAAUGUUGUCAGGAUUUUGAUUAUCACAAGAUGAUGGUUUGUCUUUUUCCAUUUAAAAGCCUGUGGAACAGUUCAAUAAACA